CUUCUCCUCUUGCAGGAGCAUCUCUCCCGCUGCAUCGGGAGGCAAACCAGAGUCCAGAAGAUGACAUCUACUCCUCUUUUUCUCCUACUCGGGUUGGCUUUUCUUAUAGGAAAUCAAGCGCUUCCAGUGGGGAAGGAUAGCCAGAGGGAAGAUGGGGUGACAAGAUGUUUGGUGGAGGUUCUGUCCAAAGCACUCACCCAGCCGGAUGCCCAACUGGAACAAGAGUGCAAGGAGAUCCUACGAGCAGGAAUUAAACAUGCUCCGCCGGACAAGAAGAACAAUGUGGCAAUCUACGGAGAGCAAGCCAAAGAUAAAGCACAGGAUCCUGAGGUCCAGGGCUCGCAUGCAGAAGAAGUCCAAGAACUUCUGAAGUCUUUGAAGUCUAAACCGGAGAACACAAAGGAAGAACACAAUGAGGAAUCCUGGACUCUGGAGAAGAGACAACAAGAAGAUGGAGGUGAUGUAGAGGAGGAACGGGAGAAAAGAAGCAACUGGAGGCCAGGAAGGUUUCACCAGAAGCCCAAACGUGACGAAGAGCCUUUGGAGGGGGAUGAGGGUGGCGAAGAGCGCAGUCAGGAGUCCUGGGAUUUGGACCGAAGGAGCGACGGUGACCAAGAGGACAAGCGCACUUGGAAGCCCUCGCAUCAACACUACCAAAGGGUGAAGUUUCAUAAGCGUGGAGAUGAUGAUGAGGAUUAUGAACGCAGCCAGGAGUCAUGGGGACUUGACGAUGAAAGGGAUAAGAGAGAAUGGAGGCCCGGGAGAUACCACCAAAGGAGACACAAGAGGGAUGAGGAACUCUCAGAAGAACCAGAUGAGGAGCGCAGCCAGGAAUCUUGGGAUUUUGACACCGGUAGAGAUAAGAGAGAAUGGAGGGCUGGGAGAUACCACCAAAGGAGACACAAACGUGAUGAGGAACUGUCAGAGGAACCCAGAGAGGAAACAGAUUACGAUCGCAGCCAGGAGUCAUGGGGGCUUGAUGACGAGAGGGACAAAAGGGAAUGGAGGGUUGGAAGAUACCACCAGAAGAGACCAAAGAGGGACGAGGAAUUCUCAGAGGACCCAGAUGAGGAGCGUAGCCAGGAAUCUUGGGAUUUUGACACCGACCGACAAAAAAGAGAGUGGAGGUCAAGGAGACCCAACCAGAGUAGACACAAACGUGACGAGGAACUCUCAGAGGACCCAGAUGAGGAACGUAGCCAGGAAUCUUGGGAUUUUGACACCAACCGACAAAAGAGAGAGUGGAGGUCAAGGAGACCCCAACAGAGUAGACACAAACGUGACGAGGAACUCUCAGAGGACCCGGAUGAGCAACGUAGCCAGGAAUCUUGGGAUUUUGACACCGACCGGCACAAGAGAGAAUGGAGGUCUAGGAGACCCCACCAAAGGAGAUUCAAGCGAGAUGAAGAACUCUCAGAGGAACCCAGAGAGGAAUCAGACGAUGAACGCAGUCAAGAGUCUUGGGAUUUUGACACCGACCGACACAAGAGAGAAUGGAGGUCCAGGAGACCCCACCAAAGGAGAUUCAAGAGAGAUGAAGAACUCUCAGAGGAACCCAGAGAGGAAUCAGACAAUGAACGCAGCCAAGAGUCUUGGGAUUUUGACACUGACCGACAAAAGAGAGAGUGGAGGUCUCGGAGACCCCAACAGAGUAGACACAAACGUGACGAGGAACUCUCAGAGGAUCCGGAUGAGGAACGUAGCCAGGAAUACUGGGAUUUUGACAUCGACCGAUACAAGAGAGACUGGAGACCAGGAAGAUACCACCAAAGGAGACAUAAGCGAGAUGAAGAACUGUCAGAGGAUCCGGGUGAAGAACGCAGCCGAGAAUACUGGGACUUUGACACUGACAGAUACAAGAGGGAAUGGAGACCAGGGAGAAACCACCAGAGGAGGCACAAGCGUGACGAGGAACUCUCAGAGGAGAAGAGAGAGGAAUCGGAUGGAGAACGCAGUCAGGAGUACUGGAGCUUUGACAAAAGACACGACGGAGAUGAUGAAAAGCGCAUUUGGAAGCCGACACAUCGUUACUACCAAAGAAAGAAGUAUCCCAAGCAUGGACGGGAGGAAUUGUCAGAAGAUGAAGACCUAAGGGAUGAUUCUGACAUUUCAGAGGACAGAAACGAAGCUCUCAGGUAUCUAGCUGAGAAGCGAAACCCGUGGAUCUACAGAGGCUUUUACCAUCCUGCCUGGUUCAAAAGGGAUGCAGAAGACAAUACUGCCUCAAACAAGUUGGAUGAGGCGGCCAAGGUGUUGAGUCACAAGAUCAACCAGCUCGCCAACCUGGAGGCGUCAGAGGGAGCAAUGCAGCCGGCGGCACUCACUCCGCACGAGGAGAAAGCACUGGAGAACCUGGCGGCAAUGGACAUGGAAAUGAAGAAAAUCUCUGAGAAGUUGCAUGAUAAAGAAUGAGCUUUGCUUUUAAUGUUUACAUGGAAAAAUAAGGUCGUUUGCCAAGUUAAUGUGCGUAAAAUAUUUUAAAAAGUUAACCGUGGAGCCUUGCUUAAAAACCAUUUAAUAAACCUUGUGUUUGUGCUAUUUUGAUGUGAUAUUCUGAACGUGAGCAUGGGAAUGUUUUUGAUGUUUAUAUAUAGAAAUCAUCCAAUAUUGACUGACGUCGCUGUCUUUUUAAGUGUUUGUGCUCAAUAAAAGAGUUAUUCUGGGACCGUAA